CCCCCCCCCCCUUCUCCCUCUCUCUCUCUCUGUGGAAGUUAGACAGAUCCUCUCAUUCACUGUCUCACCCAGGAGCUGUGGAUACCUCAUACCAGUCCAAGAGGCUGGUUUCAACACCAAGCAUGAGCAUUCACUGCUAAAGACUUGGACGCCGCCAACGUUGACUGAAGCACCCCCUUCCAUCUCGUCUUGGAGCUCAAGAACCGGAUGUCAAAUUCAUCAACAUCGAUCAGACCACCCUCUCCUAUCUAAUUCUAAUCUUGAUAUUUCAUGUGGAGCAAAAGGGUCAGGCAUGAUUUUUAUUGGCAGGAUUUAAUAACAGAAACUGAUUAAAGCAUGUGAAGAUCUCAUAAUUAAUCAUCUCAAGCAGCUUUACUCCACAUUAAGUAAUCUUUGAGGGAUUGAAAGUUUAUUUCGGUGAGGGAGCAGUGACAAUGGAGAAGCGAAAGACGCAUUGUACGAACAAAAGGGGAGAUUCCAAAAAUGCAAAAUAUUUGGAAGGAACGACCUCUAGGUUGAAUGAGAUACAUCAUAUGAAUGCAAGGUGCAAUGAAAUUGGUGCUGAUGUGGAAUCAUCUUCUGGGUCAAAUAACAUUAAACUUCUAUGUGGCCAUCCUAAUUCAUCAGAGCAGAUUGUUUUCAAGGUGGUACCAGGGUUUAGUGUUGAUAAACAGUUUUAUAAUUUGGAUUCUUCCUUGCACGACAAGCAUUAUAUUCUGAGGCAGAAUCACCAAAAGCGUUCUAUUCUCACUCAUAACAAAUAUAACUUUACACUAAAAGAGUGGUUGGAGCGCAAUACAGAUAAUUGGUGUCCGAUUUAUCGAAAGUGGAAAGUUGACCGACCAACCGAAGAGACAAAGAAACUUAUACAAUGUAUUCUCCAUGCGGUUUAUGAUUCUCAUUCUAAGGGCAUCUUUCAUGGCUUCUUGCACCACCCUGAGAAUUUUUGCAUCGUGCGUAACCACAAGAAGAUUAAACUUGUGUACCUUGUAUAUGACAAUAUGAAACCAAAAACAUUCACAAAUGACAUACGUCAAAAUGACAUGUUAGCCAUGUCAAAUGUGAUUUUUGAACAAAUUCUUGGAGGUAGGAGUGGAAAGAAGUACCCAGAAGAUUUGGAAGAUCUAUGCAGAUUGCUUUCUGAUGAUAAGAGUUUACGAAAUUGGACAGUUAUUGUUGACCACCCGUCCCUGUGGCAUUGGAAGAUAAGAUUUAAUUACAUUGAGCGUGUCUGGAUGCAAUAUCGUCAUGCUGAUAAAAUCCUCAAGGAAAAAAUGAAUGACUGUCUCAGAAAAUUUCGUGGCUACGAUUGGAAAAACAAAAUUCCUUCUAAUACUCCCCUUGAAAGGAUAUUCAAUCAUAAUUAUUACAGAUCAACGCCACAUGAACUCUUCCGAUAUAUUAGGGUUGUUCGUUUCCAUUAUAUGGAUCAUAGAAUUGAUCCACAAACGGAGGCAGACUACUUGGAGGAGCAAUUUAUUGAACAUAAAACUACUGAGGUUUGCGAACUCCUUCUAGUGAACUUGCACAGCAUGGUAUGCCAAUUGGGUAUUGAGAUCUAAAGCCAUGGCACCGGCUGAUUCUUGUACUAAAAGAGGUUCUUUUCCAUUACCUAGAUGAUGUUUUGAGCACAAAAUGCUGAUUUAAAUAGUGAAAUUAUGUUGGUUUGACUUGUCUUGAUUUUCUAGUACUACUAGUCAUCUACCUACACAUAAAAUAUCACUGCUACCAAAUAUAGGUCUUGUAUUCUAUUUUAAAAGAUAAAUGCAUUCCAGCCUAAGCAUUUU